GGAACCCUAUAAAGCGGGGCGAGGGGACGGCGGUGGUCCGCCAUUUCGUGGACGCCGUGAGGUAUCUCGCACCGUCCGGAGCGGAGCCGGAGGCGAGCGGGGCGGCCUGUCGGAGCGUUGGGGUUUGAGCUUCGGCUUGUUGAACCCAGGGUCUCGAAAUGCAUCGUGAUUCCUGUCCAUUGGACUGUAAGGUUUAUGUAGGUAAUCUUGGAAACAAUGGGAACAAGACUGAAUUAGAACGGGCUUUUGGCUAUUAUGGACCACUCCGGAGUGUGUGGGUUGCAAGAAACCCUCCUGGCUUUGCUUUCGUUGAAUUUGAGGAUCCCCGAGAUGCUGCUGAUGCUGUCCGGGAGCUAGAUGGAAGAACACUAUGUGGCUGCCGUGUAAGAGUGGAACUGUCGAAUGGGGAAAAAAGAAGUCGAAAUCGUGGCCCACCUCCCUCUUGGGGUCGUCGCCCUCGAGAUGAUUACCGUAGGAGGAGUCCUCCACCUCGGCGCAGAUCUCCAAGAAGGAGAAGCUUCUCUCGAAGCCGGAGCAGGUCACUUUCUAGAGAUAGGAGAAGAGAAAGGUCUCUGUCUCGUGAGAGAAAUCACAAGCCGUCUCGAUCAUUCUCUAGGUCUCGUAGCCGGUCUAGGUCAAAUGAAAGGAAAUAGAAGACCAGUUUGCAGAAGUUCCCUUGAGCAAGAUUGAAUUUGGUUUGAACUUUAGUUUUUCAUAGACUGAAAUAAACCUAGAUCCUGCCCAGUUAAAGUGUGAUGUGCUAAUGAUAUAGAAACAACUGGCGGAAAUUGAACACUCUUUGUUUGGAAAUGUAAAACUAAGAUACCAGUGUCCUAUCAGUUUAAGGGUACAUUGUAGAGUUAAACUUUGAGUUACUGUGCAAGAAUUUUUUUUUUUCAUGCUGUCAUUUGUAAUAUGUUUGUGAGAAUCCUUGGGAUUAAAGUUUUGGUUACAAA